AUGUUUGUUGUGGAAAAGAGAGAUCGUGAUUUUCUGCUUACUCUCCUGCUUGAACACGUGGAUAAGAAUAGUAUUAUCCACGGUGAUGGUUGGAAAGCCUAUUCUGGACUAGGUACUGUAUUUAACGGCCAUAAGGCCAUUAAUCAUUCAGAAAAAAUAUUGACCUCAAUAUUCAUUGUCAGACUCAAUUAA